ACUUCUGGUGACACUAAAGUUGUAUUUGUACAUGUGGGCUGUGCCGUUACUGCUUUGUUUGUGAAUGUCAUGUUAGAUUAUUUCUGGACACUUUGGAAGCCACAGACACAGAAGGGUGCUAAGUAUAACUUGAACUUUCCCACUUUGCCUCAUUCUCAUCCCCUGCUUGACAUUUUUGCGACUUCCACAUGACCACUGUGGCCUGGAACUUUUUUUUCCUUUUUCUUUUUUCUUUUACCUUGUAAACUGUGACACCAGCCCACGCUUAAGACCAUCGCAGUCUGGAUGUGUGAUGGACAGGGUGUACAGCAGCUCCCCUCAUUGCUGUUAUGGCACUGAGGGCUCGGAGCCAGACCAUCCAAAUGCUGACGUCACCUCCACUUAUGUGCACUGCAACUGAGUAGGAGGGAGGGAGGAGAGGGAAAGGAGAGGAGGGAUGGGGAGAAUAAAGUGAUUGGUUUACCGGCCCCCUUCUCCAUGACACAUCAUGAAAAUAAAAGUGCCGGAGGCCUAAAUUAUCACAUUCACCUUACCCGUGCACUCUCAGAUGUUGUUUUAGAGCGGAAUCCAAACCAAAGGCACUGCCUGCGGCUAACAGCCCUCCUGACCACAAUGUCUGUCACUGCUCUCUGGAUAAAUAAAUAAACAAAGUCAGGACAAAGGUCACUAUAGGUUUUGGCAAGGAAACCACCACGAUUCCUCCUCUCUUUUUUUUCUUUACAUAUUGUUAGAGGUUUUCCCCCACACAUACUUUUUUCAAUCAGCUCCAGUGACGAAAUGGAAACUUGCACUUGUGUGUGUGUAUAAGUGAGUGUAUGUUUAACUGCCUGAAGGUAGAAAUAUAUAUUUUUCACCACUUUCUGUGGUGUUUAAAGUGUGAAACCAGCAUGGAAAUUAAGUUUUUGAGUAUUAGGAUUGGAGGUCAGUGAGGGCACCACACUUAAGGUGAAAAAUAUAUUUUUUAUAGUAUUUUUUUUCACUGAAAAUGUGUUAUAAUUUUUUAUCAAUACACAUUAUCAUUAUAUUUUCUUGUCUAAUAAAAGGCUUUUUGUUGGUUCCACGCUAGUUGUGCUGAUGCAGACUGUCUGCCAUGGACAAUAUAACUCUCCCAUGUAAAUAAUUUCCUGAAAUAAAAGAUUAAGUGCCACACCUAGUGGCUGAAGGGGGUAGAGCAUUCACAACUUGUAUUGCAAUCAGGAUGGAGAGCAGUUGUUGAGGAAGGUGAUAAAAUCACAGAAAUGCCUUAUUUAGUUGCUCACAUGUACACAUGACUACAGUUUGACUCCUUUCCCAGGAGCCUCUGUCACUAACUUCCACAGUCCCCACUGUCUCAUCUCUGAUUUGUAACUGACGAGCAGCCAGCGUUUGAAUGUCACCGUGUCGUGGAUGCUUGCCAGCCCUCUCAUGUCUCCCCCCUCCACAAGCGCACCAAAGCGGACACUUUUAGUGACUGGAGGAUCAGCGCGCUUCAUAAAAUGAUCCCAAUCGGCGGCGUGAUAACAUGUCGCAUCCCGUCUGAUGUUUGACACAUUUGAGGAUCGACUAAAGAAACUGGAGGAGGACAUUACAAAGUCAGAGAAUUCAUCCCGAGCCCCGCUGGCACCUUUUUACUGGAGUCCGAACAACAGAUCGCCGUCCAGAUGCAGUUUCGACUCUUCUCCUUUGCCCUGAUCGUAUUGAACUGUAUGGAGUACAGCAACUGUCAGGCGCCGUCGCACCGCUGGAGGAGAAACAAAAGAGCUAGCUAUGGAGCGUACCCCAUCUGUAAAGGCUGCUCGGUGUGCUCCAGAGACAACGGCUGUGUAAACUGCCAGCCCAAACUCUUCCUGUUUUUACGGAGGGAGAGGAUGAGGCAGUAUGGGGAGUGUCUUCACGACUGUCCAGCCGGAUACUACGGCAUGCGCAGCCCUGAACUCAACAUGUGCUCCAGGUGCAGGAUAGAGAACUGCGAGUCCUGCUUCAGCAAAGACUUCUGCACCAAGUGCAAGUCGGGCUUUUACCUACACAAAGGGCGCUGCUUUGAUAAGUGCCCCGAGGGCUUUGCCCCACUGGAGGACACCAUGGAGUGCGGAGAGGGCUGCGAGGUGGGCCAGUGGAGCGAAUGGGGAGCCUGCACCAGGAGAAACAAAACCUGUGGCUAUAAGUGGGGUCUGGAGACCCGGACGCGGCACAUUGUAAAGAAACCACCCAAGGACACAAUACCCUGUCCCACCAUCGCCGAGUCCAGGAUGUGCAAAAUGGCCAUGCGGCACUGCAGGAGAGGUGGCUCGGGUAAGCACCGAUCCAAAGAACCAAAGAAGAAGAACAAGCAGAGGCUGCGGUUUCGGGCCCAGAACCAGCACAGCGACCACUUGGCCUCUGCGCGCUCCAGCCAGUGAGGACUGAAACUACGGACUUCCCAUUGAACAAAGAACCAACGCAAAGCUGCUAGCCGCUGCUGCACCCAUAUUCUGACCGACGACUAUCACGAACCGCUCCACCUCCCUACCCCCCCUUCCCCAGCCCACCCGGACAAAACCAUGACUCACAAGUCCGUCACUACAAAAAUAUAUGUCUAACGUACGAUAUCAGUAUCAACACACUAAACACAUGCUUCAUGCCUCUGCCUCCCGCUGCUUCUCCCCCUGCUGCAGUGCGCCAGCCAGGUGACUCUGUUCUCUCAGCCCCACCCCUUGCCUUGCCUUGUGGACCUUUACAGUUGACAUUACUGAACUCAUUUCCUGUCAUUAACAAUGUCAUUAACCGUGCAGGGUGAUGGAAGAUGGAGGGGCAAACCAGAGACUGUGGAGGCGGGAGAGCCAGAUAGAGGGAGGUGGAUAGGAGAGGUAGUAAGGGAGUUGGCAAGCUAAACUGCUCGUGGAAGGGGUGGGGGUGGGUGGGGGUUGGACCAGGGAGGAUGAAAAAAAGAGGGAGGAUGAAGAGGAAAGAGAGAUUCGGCUGAAGCAAAUGAUGCCGAUGGACAAGAAAAUGGCAUCUUGAACUGAAAGAGACUGUUUUUUGUUCCUAUAUUUAUGUCAAAACUACCCUCACCUUACCCUCUGAACGGAGACGGAGUGUUCCCAUGUGUGGCCUUUAUGUUAUGUACAUUUUUGAGAGUAAUAUUAAAGAAAUUACCAUGCAUAGUUGCAAAGUAUUUUAUUCUCAGCACAAACUGUUUACGUUCAGACCGCUUUAUGCUCUAACUGUAUAGUGUGGAUAAAAAAAGAAGAAAUUUAGUUGUUCGACUAGCAUGGCAACAGACUCAUGUGUAUAUAGUUUAUCUAAUUAUGAAAGCUUAUUACUGUAUUUUCAGUAUUGACUUGUUCACCGUUCUAAAUGUUUUAGAGAUAAAAAGGUUGUAAUACCAAGCUACAGAUUAAAAUGAUUAAAAACAAAUAAUAAACAUAGCCGCCACAUAGCUAUUUCAUUUAUAUGGUAUAUAUUUGAUUUAUUUAUUGAUUCUAUUUUGUACUUUUUUGUUCAGUGAGAAUUUUUGCCUCAUACUGUUACUCUUAUAUGCUGAAAUAUUCUUUGAGUUCCUUAUAACAGUGCAUAUCUUUAACACGUGGAAAAAGGUUUUUGUCUGAUAUCGCGCAAAGUGUUGUGUUACAUUCAUUCAUUUGACCUCAUCUACUGAUUUCAAUGUUUUAAAGAAGAAGAAAAAAAAGACAAAACUAUGCUUUGACGUAUUCUAGGUUUAAUGAUUAGGAUCCAGCAAAUGUAUGGUCAUAGGACUGCAUAUGUGUACAUUGUGUUUUAUUAAAAUACAUUUCAUGUGACUGUAUGAUGAAGCUUUUCAUUAUUGUCUAUGGCUAUAAUAUAUGUGGCUAAACUCCAAAA